GGACGGAGUGUGAGUGAGUGAGUAAGAGAGUGAAGGGAGCCGCCGCCACCGCUGGACGGAGCGACGUCCCGGAGAAGAGAAACGGAGUCUGGGUUAGAGGUGGGGGAAGUCGCGGCGGAGGCGGGGGGGGGAAGUGGAAGGGAAGAUAAGAAAGGAGACAAAGCGCCGAUUGAAGGGAGAGCGUUAAAAGAGUGUUGAUAAGCCCGUGCUGACAACAACCGCCGCCUAUUGAGAGGAGACCCGCCGGGGCUAAAGGAAAUCUUAACGGCUGUAAAUAUCUUUAGUCUGAUAGACUUUUGUUUUAAAGAUGGAUUUGAAGUAUAUCCUUUAUAUUGGACUGACUUGCUGCUGUAUGUGGUAUGGACUUGCUCAAUCAGAUCCCAGUGAGUGUUUAAAGGCCAAUGCAAAAUCAUGUGGAGAAUGUAUACAAGCUGGUAGAAAUUGUGGGUGGUGCACCAAAAAUGAAUUCCUGCAGCAAGGAGAACCAAACUCUGCACGGUGCGAUGACAUAGAAUCAUUAAAAAAGAGAGGAUGUACAGUGAAAGACAUUGAAAAUCCCAAAGGUUCACAACGUGUAGAUGCUAAUAAAGAACUUACUGGCCGUACAAGUGGUGAGAAGGUAGAGCUGAAAGACAUUACACAGAUUCGACCGCAGAAACUAACCCUGAAAUUGCGAUCAGGAGAGCCGCAAACCUUCCCACUGUAUUUUAAGAGAGCGGAAGACUAUCCCAUUGAUCUCUAUUAUCUUAUGGACCUCUCUUUUUCUAUGAAGGAUGAUUUGGAAAAUGUGAAGAAGUUGGGAACAGAAUUGCAAACUGAAAUGCAGAAGAUAACUUCUGAUUUUCGAAUUGGAUUUGGCUCUUUCGUGGAUAAGACUGUGAUGCCUUACAUCAGCACAACCCCAGCCAAAAGGAAAAAUCCUUGCACAAAUGGGGAAGUAUGUACAAGCCCAUUCAGCUACAAAAAUGUCCUAUCAUUGACUAAUGAUGGAUCAAAAUUCAAUGAACUUGUAAGCAACCAAACUAUUUCUGGAAACCUGGACUCUCCAGAAGGUGGUUUUGAUGCCAUAAUGCAGGUGGCUGUCUGUGGGGAAAAAAUUGGCUGGCGAAAUGUCACUCGCUUGCUCGUGUUCUCGACAGAUGCAGGAUUUCACUUUGCUGGAGAUGGUAAAUUAGGUGGCAUUGUUCUACCAAAUGAUGGGAAUUGCCAUCUCGAUACACAGGGUCUCUACACCAUGAGUGAUCAUUUUGAUUAUCCAUCCAUUGCUCAUUUGGUGCAGAAACUUAGUGACAACAAUAUUCAGCCUAUCUUUGCUGUCACAGAAGAGUUCAAGGGUGUGUACAAGGCACUCCAUGAUCUCAUUCCAAAAUCUGAAGUGGGUGUUCUGUCAUCCAACUCCAGUAAUGUAAUCAAGCUGAUCCUUGAUGCUUAUCAUGCUUUGUCUUCUGAGGUUAUCCUCGAGAAUAGCAAAUUGCCAGAAGGAGUGUCAAUACAUUAUACAGCCUAUUGUAAAAAUAAUACCGUUCAUACAGGGGAAAAUGGCAGGAAGUGUUUAGGCAUUCAAAUUGGCGACGAGGUGAGCUUCAACAUAAGUAUCACAGCAAAGAAAUGCCCAAAUAAUGGAGAGAAGGCAACUAUUCAAAUCAAACCUCUGGGAUUUAAUGAGAAGGUAGAAGUUAACUUGGAGUUUGUUUGUGAAUGUGACUGCCACAAGAAGGGAAUUCCUAACAGCCCAGAUUGUCAUCAGGGUAAUGGAACAUUUGAAUGUGGAGCUUGCAGAUGUAACAAAGGACGAAUUGGCCGAUUUUGUGAAUGCAGCACUGAUGAAGUAAAUAGUGAGGAUAUGGAUGCUUCAUGUAGAAAAGAUAAUACAUCCCUAAUCUGUAGUGACAAUGGUGACUGUAUCUGUGGGGAAUGUGUCUGCAAAAAGAGGGAAAAUCCCAAUGAAAUCAUCUCAGGCAAAUAUUGUGAAUGUGAUAACUUCAAUUGUGACCGAUCCAAUGGAUUAAUUUGUGGAGGAAAUGGUAUCUGUAAGUGUCGGGUGUGUGAAUGCAACCCCAGCUAUUCUGGCAAUGCUUGUGAUUGCUCCAUGGAUAAUUCAACAUGUAUUUCAAAGAAUGGACAGAUGUGUAAUGGGAGAGGCACAUGUGAAUGUGGCCGCUGUAAAUGCACUGAUCCUAAAUUCCAGGGACCUGCCUGUGAAAUGUGUCCGACCUGCCCUGGAGUCUGUACAGAACACAAGGAUUGUGUUCAGUGUAAAGCCUUUAAAAAAGGACCUAAGAAAGAUACCUGUGAUCAGUGUGAGUUUGAAGUGAAUGUGGUGAAAAAGCAGGAUGAAUUGCCACAACCAGGCCAAGUUCCAUCAAUUGCUCAUUGUAAGGAGAAGGAUGAGGAUGAUUGUUGGUUCUACUUCUCCUAUUCCGUUAAUGACCAGAAUGUCCCAGAAGUUCAUGUUACUGAAAAACCAGAAUGUCCGCAAGCACCUGACAUCAUUCCAAUUGUAGCUGGUGUGGUUGCUGGUAUUGUCUUGAUAGGCCUUGCCUUGUUGCUGAUAUGGAAAUUGCUGAUGAUCAUUCAUGACAGAAGGGAGUUUGCAAAAUUUGAAAAAGAGAAGAUGAAUGCCAAAUGGGAUACACAAGAAAAUCCUAUUUACAAGAGUCCUAUAAACAAAUUCAAGAAUCCAAAUUAUGGGCGUAAAGUUGCUUCUCUCUAAAUCUGGUGAAAAUCCAAUCUACAAGAGUGCUGUAACGACUAUUGUCAACCCAAAAUAUGAGGGAAAAUGAUGGAUUUUGUGCAUUUUUUGUGAGGGUUCCUUUUUAAUUUGUUAAAACUAUGGAUAAUGGGGUUUUUGUUUUUUUUUGUAGUCACAAAAUAGCUUUAGAUCACAUUGCAGUGAUUUACUAACCCAUAAUGUAAGUUUUUCUAUGCAGAUUUUGAAAUGUGUACAUUAUGUGUAAAGAAAGAUUGGCUGCUUUUUUAAAAUGUUUUAAUUUGAAGAAGGUGGGAAGGCCAGCUAUAAAAUGGAAUAUGAUUGUUUCAGUGAUUAUGCAGCUUUGUUUUAGUUUUUUUAAUAAUUUUUUUUCCAGGAUUUUGGCUUUCCAAAGUUCCUAUGUAAAUUGUCUCAAAAGUAUUUUAAACCAGGCAAAACAUUUGAAAAUGGCAAAAGAAGUGCCCUCAAUGUGCCAAAGGGAAUGAUUUGGAUUAAUUUCUACAGUCAUUUACACGGCGUUUGUGAGAUUUCUGUAGAAGUCCGAAAUGAAUCUCUCUAUUUUUCGGUAAUCACUAGAAACUGCGCAUUUACCUGGCUAUUAUAUUGCAACUUAUAAAACCCACAUCCACAUUCUCUUCGCUGUCGAGCACCCUUUCGGUUAGGGCAAUUCAGCAAAAAUACAUGCUGUUUAUUUUUGAAGCAUUAAGCUGUUGUGUUAAACAUGUAGCAGAAAUAUAUUUGGCAUUAUACAUACACUACGCUGCCAAAUGUGGACAACUUUAUUUAAAAUUGUAAAUGGCUUUGCCAAAUCAUGACAGAUCAAACUGUUAGUUUUUGAAAUUAGAUGCAAGGCUUUGUUGGUAUGUAAUUUUUCAGACGUUUUAUGUAAGUAUUUUUCCGCAACCACUAGUCUUCAAUUUUUAUUAUCAGCACACAUGGCCAUCACUUCCAUUUCUAAGCAGGUUCUCUUAGAUCUGUCCAAAAACUCAAAGGUCCUUUAUGUUUAGUAGCUAUUAGUACUAAUAAGGUGCAAGCAAAUGGUAACUUGAGUACAUAAUAAAUACAGCUGUUCGCAUUAAUUUGGAUUAAUUUGUGACCUCUUUCAUUCCCAUCACGUUCUUGAUUUAAAGUGCCUUUUAUUUUAACAAUGUUUUCACUAUUUCCGUACACUUUACUUGAGUUAUUUAUUAAAUAAAUGACUUUAUAAAAAUAUUGAUACUUGUCUUUCAAUGUGCAUUUUACUGCCAUAUUUAUUUUGUUUUUUCAGUUUGCCAUUGUAUACAACUGUACAUGUUAUUAAAAUGGUUAAUGGGUCAGGGAACAUUGAAUUUUUUCCCCAAGAAAUUGAUCAUUUUACUGCUUGUGAUUUUUUUAUUAAAUAGAGGAAACAGCUUUCAGUCAAA